CUUUUGAAACAUGAGUGAAUUGACUCCCUUGGACAAGGCUAAGGAUGCAUUCCUAGGGAUUUUAGCCACGCUCGAGGGUGAUGAACUAUUGUCCUUUGAGACUUUUGUUGGCGCGGCUAUUGAGGAGCGUCUCCAGAUGUUGAACAAGGAGUAUGAGGAACAGGAUGAUAGCGAGCACCAGCAUCAUGCAGGAUGUAGCCAUGAUCAUAAUCGACAAAAGGAAGGCUCUGUAGCUCGAUCAACUGGUUCCAAGAUCUUCAAACUUAAUAAGAUCAUCCAAGAUCUGAGAGAACGGUUGCCUGUGAAUGCAGAGUCUCCAAAUGAACAAAUUACUAUCCCAAGAUCUAAGGAGUUUGAGGGAUUCACAGAGGAUAAUGUUGUUCAUGUGGAUGGAUUUCUCUAUACAGAGGAUGAUGUGGAUGAGCUCUGCGACAGUGGGAAGCUCUCGCGUAAUUACUGCCCAAAGUGUGGCUCCAAAGACACAAAGCCUCUGAACUUCAUUUCACAUUCUGCCUCGGUGGUUCAACUGCAAUUCCUCUUCCAAAUUUUGCUCAAGGAUAAGAUUAAAAACAAAGUGGUUCUCGAUGUUGGUUCAAGGUUAGGUGCUGUUCUCUAUGCUGGAUAUUUGUUCACAGAUGCCAAGAAACUAAUUGGCGUGGAAAUGAAUGACUACUUCUGUAAGCUACAGACGGAAAUGGUACAUAAACAUCGCCUACAGGAUCGAAUUGAGAUAAUGCAUGAUAAUUUAUUGAACCGUGCAUCAUUGUUGCAAAGUGCCGAUGUUAUUAUCAUGAACAAUGUCUUCCAAUUCUUCUGCCCAGUAAACGUCCAACGUGAAUUAUGGGAGUUCCUCUACACAAAUCUUCGUGAGCGAAAAGGCACUAUCUUGAUUACUGUACCAUCGCUUCAAGAUCAGCUGAAAGAUGCUGGGUUUGCUCUGCCAACUAAGAAACCCAAGAGCAAAAAGAGAAAAGUCCCUGCAAAACCACCUGGUGUUGUAACAUCAGCUUCCAACGCUGAGACAGACAACACUGAGCCUUCAGUCGGAAACUGGUCGAGCUGGUUACGUGAGAUUGAUGUUAGAGUGACUGGCGAGGAGUUUGUGGAGGAUAUUAUGGAAGAUGAAUUAGAGGAACUUAAGUUAGUGCAUAUGUACGAAGUCAUUUAAACAUUAAACAAAAUACAAUAGACGCA